CCGAGCAUGCGCUUAGUUUGGGCGAUUGAUGGCUUCGGCCUGGUGACGUCUUAUGUCAGCGCCCCAUUGUGGGUCGGUCAACCCAGGAGGCGCAAGAUGGCGUCGGGGAGGCCGCCUUCCAAGUGGCGGACCGGAGGAUUUGCGGAGCGUGGGGAAAGGGAUCCUCAGGUCGGAUCCGGGAAACAGAAUGGGAAACGCAGGACCUGGCGGCCUAACCACCAGCAAGCCUUUCUGGGGAGCGUGCGCGAGGGACAAGGUUUUGCAUUUCGGAGAAAACUGAAGAUCCAGCAAAAUUACAAGAAAUUGCUGUGGAAAGUAAACAAGGCACCAGCGUCCCAGGAAUCCCAGUUCACGGAUCGUUACCCAGAGCACCUGAAACACCUCUAUCUGGCUGAAGAAGAGAGGCUCAGGAAACAGCAGAGAAAAGUUGUCCUGCCUUUGUCAGAGGAAGUUGACUGUCCUUUGCCUGGAGAAGAGGGCGACACUGAGCCGACUCUGUCUGAAGAACAGUCUAGUGUUUACCAGCCUCAGCCAGAACAGCUGAGUACAGUAAAUUCUGUGACUAUUCCAAAGAAAAAGAAAAAGAAAACUUCAAACCAAAAGGCACAAGAAGAGUAUGAACAAGUACAAGCAAAACGUGCUGCUAAGAAAUUUGAAUUUGAAAUGAGAAAGCAAGAGAGAGAAGAAGCUCAAAGGCUCUACAAAAAGAAGAAAAUGGAAGCUUUUAAAAUACUGAGCAAAAAGACUAAAAAGGGCCAGCCGAAUCUGAAUUUACAGAUGGAGUAUCUUCUUCAGAAAAUACAGGAAAACAGUUAAAGUAGACAUUUUGUCCUUAAGGACUAAACUGCUACUGACUCCUUGCAUCCUUCUGUAU